AAGGUGCGAAGCUUCUGCUCGCUAGCAGCCGAGCAAGGCUACGGCUGGGCGUGGCUCGAUACAUGCUGCAUCGACAAGGCCAGCAGAGCCGAGCUCUCCGAAGCCAUCAACUCGAUGUACGCUUGGUACAAGGCCGCGGACGUUUGCUACGUCUAUCUGUUCGAUCUCGAUGACGGUGACCACCCGUUCGACAAGGACUCCCAAUUCCGAGCGAGCGAGUGGCACAGCCGUGCUUGGACGCUGCAAGAGCUCCUCGCCCCGACGGACGUCGUCUUCCUGGCGAAGUCGUGGGCGCUCAUCGGACGCCUCGCAGUGCUCGCUCCUGUCCUCGCCGAAAUCUGCGGGAGGGACCGCACUAUCCUGCGGGGGUACUCAGCUUGGAAACGGAAACAACAGACGAGCGUUGCUCAGCGCAUGUCGUGUGCGGCGCGACGGAAGACGAAGCGGCAGGAGGACCGUGCGCUCUUGGUCAUGGGCAUCUUCGGGGUCAGCAUACCUAACGUCUACGGCGAGGGUCUUGAGCGGGCGUGUCUUUGGCUCUAUGUAGCAGGAGGUGAUGAGCCUCUGCGCCGAUCAGAUUAUCUUCGCGUGGGGCCCGAUUGA